GACGCCGCUGAGCCGCGCCGAUGCCCUGCCGUGUAGUUAAACUGUGUUUUUGAGCUGUACAUUAUCCCAUAACAUACAAGAUAGCGCCGAAGCUUCCCCACGCUCGGCCAGCGUGUGAGAGGACUGGCGUCCCGAGUUCGCGCCACCACUUAACAGCUGGAAGUUUGCAGACGUUUUGUGCGUUUUUCAGUCUGGUGACGUCACCGCCCGGCUUAGCCCCUCGUCGUUGUGUGAGUAGCUGGCUAUGUGCGGCUCACCCCCAAAGCUGUUAAAAUGUCGAACACGGUACUGGGCGUGGGCACCGGCGUGUUCCUCGUUGCGCUCGUCUGGAUUUUGGCUCUUGUGUUUGGGAUAAUACUGCUGAGAGCUUCCGGUCCGAUAAAGUUUGGGGUGGUCCCCAUUGUCUUGCUGGCUCUCGUCGUUUCUCUGGUACUGGUGUUCUUCCCUCGCGGUUCAGAGACUACCCCCCCCUUCAAAGAGAUGGAGAUAGUGGACACAUUCUUCAUUGGACGCUACGUGCUGCUGUCGGUGGUGAGCGCCGUCUUUCUGGUGACCCUCUUCAUGUUGCUCCCCCAUCAUUUCCUGGAGCCGGUCUACGCCAAGCCCGUAAGAACACACUAGAGCUGCCAGGGUCACGUUGGCACUGGGACCGCGUCAUCGAUGUAGACAGUUUGAGACGAGCAGCACCACCAAGAGCGCCCCCCCCCCCUCCCGCAUUCGGCUGGAUUACAGAUGGUUUCCGACACGGGGAGAUCCAGUUUUGUUCCUCCCUUUUGGGUUGUUUGUUGUUUUGUAGGUUUUCUGUCUCCAGCUAACGGUAAAGCUCUAACAAGGCCAGUUUGUUUUGUUUUUUUACACAUAUUUUAUGGUUUUAUGAGUUGUGUGAGUAAAAAUGGGAUGUUAGCAAUGAAUUCUAGACAUUUAAAUCCUUCAUUCAGUGUCAACGGGUCAUCUCUGGAGCAUUGUGAGCCCCAGAUCCGCCAGUCUUUCUUUAAAGUGCUGCUGAACUGAAAAGGUAAACACGAAGCCCAACAGAGAAAACAUAAGGAGGCGCUCACACAGUUUCA